CGCCCAGGCGUUCGAGGGAAAAUCAGAGACGCGCUGUGGUUCUCGACAAAAUCGUGAAGGUGUAUUUUUGAGCUCUCAAGUCGACAAGGGACGACGUACCAGAAGUUUCGUGUGAUGGCGAGUCUUCUUCUGAGAUCCGGGAGACCGCGAGCCGUCGGAAUCCGGAAUCAGGCGAUCGUCCGUCUCCCUCGCGCGCGGAUGGCGACUAAACAGUUCGAACACCUGGACGUAGAUGAGAGCCAAGACAAAAAUCUCAAGUGGCAAGAAUAUGAGUACGAGGAAGAGACCACUGGGCCUCUCUAUGCAGAGCACUAUCCCACAUCUGCUUUCCAAAAGAGCCUGCUGGCUAUGGGUUCCUCCAUCAUGUCUUUGAGCGAUGUGUACAGAGCUGAUAUGAUCGCCUGUUUCGGAGAGGUGACGGGCCAGUGCGCUUUCCAACACAUGCAGGCGCAGAUGGAGAGUUCUGACGAGGGACGCCGAGUCCUCAACGACAGACCACGCAUCAACACCAAGACCGUUGACUAUCCGAAGCUACUCGAAAGUCCUAGGAACACGCUCGGCUUCGUCUACGCUAAUUUCAUGAAGACUUAUGGACUCUCUGCGGAUGAUAGACCUCCGGUCCAUUUCGUGGACGACCUGAACCUCGCCUACGUUGCUCAACGAUAUCGGGAAGUUCAUGACUUGUUCCACGUUCUCCUCGAUAUGCCGACCACGAUGCUCGGCGAAGUCACCGUGAAGUGGGUCGAAGCUUUCCAAACGCGGUUACCCAUGGCCGCGACAGGAGGUUUAUUCGGCGCAAUAAGAUUGAAACCAAAACACCGUCAACUCUACGUGACCACGUACUUACCUUGGGCGCUCAAGACUGGCUUUGAAUCCAAACCCUUCAUGCCUUUGUAUUUCGAGGAACGUUGGGAUCAAGAUAUCACGGAUUUACGUCGAGAGCUGCAGAUACCGAUACUGGAUCUGAAGCAAGCAUAGACGGAAUUCCUAAGACUCUUAGAUCUCGGGGAGGCGCUCUAGCGUUCGAUGGAUUAGAUGCGAUGAAUUCGAGGGAAAACCAGCGUUCGUAUGAUGGAUGACUCCGGAGAAACGUGAUAUAUUUUACACGCGAUCAAAGACAUCCGAUUCCCGUAAAUAUUUACAUAUUGUACACAAAUAAAAGGACAGCAUCGG